AUCGCUGCGUUAGUAAUGUAUAAAUUACUUUUUCUGCUAGCUAUCAUUUCAGUCGGACAUCAUUGCAAAGCCAAUUUCGAUAGGGAAAGAGAACUCGUAUAUGAUUUUAWAUCCUCGMGAAGACAUGCUCCUCCAAAUGCGCAAAAYGAGACCAGAGAAGUUGGAGGGGACAUGGAUUGUGUCUUCGCGUGUACAGCAGAGCACUGGUGCCAUUCAAUAAACAUCAAAACAACACCCAAAAACACUGGAUACUACGACUGCGAACUGAUCUCGUCGCAACGAUUUGCUAACCCACUUCAUAUGACUCAAGAUGCGAGCUUUAAUCACUACAGUAUUAAGAGUGAGUGUCAUGAUAUGCCGUGUGGUACGGGUGGAGAGAGUUGUAUUUUGAGCGACAACAGAAAAGCUUUCCGAUGCAAAUGCAAAAACGCAUUUGAAGGAGACCGUUGUGAAAAAUGCAAAAACCAUGUCGCUCUUGGUUUGGAGAGUAGGACAAUUCCCAAUUCACAGAUGACCUCCUCUUCGAUCUAUUCAUCGAAAUUCCAACCAUACAAUGCCAGGUUAAAUUUUGUUCCUCCGUCGGACAACUCGAUCGAUGGGGGCUGGGCACCUAAAGCGAAUCGAGUGGGAGAAUGGAUACAAAUAGACCUUGGUACUGUCACCAUGGUAGCUGCAGUCGCAACACAAGGUCGUCAGGACUGGAAUGAAUGGAUGAAAAGCUAUAGCCUGAAGUACAGCUUGGACGGAAACACCUUCAAGGAUUACGAAGAAAACAAAAUCUUGCCAGGCAAUUCUGAUCAGCAAACGAUCGUAAAGAAUUAUCUUAGCCCUACCAUCACAGCRAGGUAUAUUAGACUCUACCCACAGACUUUUAAUAAUUAUAUGACACUAAGGAUGGAGUUAUAUGGUUGUAAAUAAACCUAGUAAAAUGAACCGACAACAAGAAGGCACAAAAAUAAUGACGAUAAAAAGACAAAAAUCCCUGGAUCUCACAAGCAAAACUCAAGAAAAGUAACAUAUCUAGAAUAACAAUUGUAGAAAUUUCACGAAUAGAUAGUGUUAUCCUUAAGUAGUCAAAUAGUUAUAGUAUCGCAAUGACUAAAUUUCAUCAAGUAUUUCUUUAAGAUAACUUUAUGUAUAAAUAUGCAAAAACUACUGACUUUUUAGAGRCCUUAACCAUCCUGUGGUUUGUAGUCGUGAUUUUUUUCAGUUCAAUUCAAUGUUUUUUAUGGCGCCACUAAUUAGCAAGCGAGGCCCCUUGACAGUACCGUUUAUUGUCAUAUCCGUUGCGUUACUCUUUAACCAUGCGGCCGUCACACAAAUCUGCUUAAAAACAUAACGUGUUGAACAUCGACUUAGGUUUUAUGAAACGUAUUUUAAACAGUAAAAUAUAAUGAGCACUCUGYCAUAAAAUUUCCAGUAGAAUUAAUUAAAUCCUUUGUAAUAUAGAAAGUGCAAAGAGCAAUACAUCAAGUAGAAAUGCAAGAUAGAUCAUUUGAUAAAUCGACGAAACACUCUAUUCCCAAGSAUCUAAUUGGUGAAUAAAACCRCAGAAAGGACUCGCAACAGGGAGCCCAACGCCUACUUCUAUGCAUAAUGGCAAUAASAGACCACACGCUAUGCAYACACCUGUGACAAAUGCUAAUUAGAAACUAAUCKGCAGUACGAAAAGAAGCCUCUAUGAAUGCCAAAGCGUUUGUAUCUCAGUACGACCUUUGUGUGGUUUCUUAUGACCAAACAAAGGCGAGUGAAAAUAUGUAAAAGUCUGUUCGUCUUUGUGAAUGGUUUARCUGAGGCAUUAUGCAACUAGGCUUGGCGUGUGUUUAGCCCGCCAUUAUUGCGCUUUUUUGGGAGAGCGCAUACUCUAUUAUCUAUUUGUGAAUGAGGUUUUAAGCUAUAGAAAUUAAAGUGUGCGAAACAUA